AGUCCAUUUGCUUACCAAAAAAACCCUCGCUCGUGGACAAGCGCGAUGGAGCCUCCAGCGCAGCCACUGAAACAGCGCUUCGGCAAUUUGGAAGCAGCCGACGGCGGUUUCGCAUUCCAGGGCAACGUUUACGGAGACAUCCACAACCAUUUACACGAUAACCCACCAGAGCUCUUCGACAGCCUCCCAGAAGCCGCUUACAAUGCUGCCGGCAAACGGCGUUCGCCUUUCUGCCUCGAGAACACACGAUGCAAUAUCCUUGACCAGAUCGAGAAAUGGGCCAACGGUGAUGAUGAGAAACGCAUAUACUGGCUCAAGGGCAUGGCAGGCACUGGGAAAUCUACUAUUGCGAUGACUGUUGCCAGCAAGUACGACAAAUUGAAACGUCUUGGCGCGAGCUUUUUCUUCUCUAGAGGCGGAGGUAACUUCGCCUCCGCUGGGAAAUUCGCCAUCACGAUCGCCGCCCAGCUAGCCGACGCCUUGCCAGGGCUUCGAGAACGCAUCAGAGAUGCUAUUGCGUCCAACCGUCGAAUUCAUGGAUUGGGAUUAUACGAACAGUGGGAGAAACUGGUCCUUGGGCCACUGUCGCGGCUAGGCAAGAACGUGUUUCUGCUCCCAAUCGUUAUCGUGGUCGACGCACUAGACGAAUGCGACGACGAAGAUGAUGUCUCCCUGCUGAUUCAAUGCCUCGCCGCCGCUACGGCAGUCGAAACCAUUCGGCUGCGUGUUUUUGUUACAAGUCGACCAGAACAGCCAAUAAAUUCGGGUUCGACAGCAUCUCGCAGGACGUGCACCGAGAUUUCAUCCUUCACGAUAUUGAACGGUCCAUCGUACAGGCUUACGCACACUGCUAAAAGAUUCGGCCUUAGCGCCAGCAUUUACUCCGAGGAAAUCAUCCAGUGCCUAGUACAAAAGUCCGAUCGCCUGUUUAUCCAUGCAGCUCUAGUGUGUCGCUUUAUUCAUGAGGGUGGACAACUUGCCGACGAACGUCUCGCUCUUCUAGUUGCCUCGGGAAGCGCGCCAACUAAGCCGGAGAAGGAGCUGGACAUGAUGUAUACUACAAUCCUAACAUAUUCAUUCCCGGUACAACUUGAGCCGGAGGAGGUAGCCAAACUGCGGGACUUAUUCAGCCUCGUCGUUGGAUCUAUCGUGGUCCUUUCCGACGUAAUGACACCUUUGGAUUUGGUCACGAUACUUGAUAAACCGAAACACGAUAUCUUUCGGAUGCUGCACUGUCUUCAUUCAGUGUUGAAUGUUCCAGAGGACGAGACUAAGCCCAUUCGUCUCCUCCAUCCGUCCUUCCGAGACUUCCUUUUGGACCCGGCGAGAUGCCUAAACAAAACAUUCUUGGUCGACGCUAAUAUUGUCUACCGUCAGCUGACAAACAGCUGUCUCUGGCUCAUGAAGAAUCAUAUCCGACGGAACAUUGCUAAAGGGCCAUUCGGGUUGGAUUAA